AUGGCCGCGAAACCAACUUCUCAAUCAAGUGCAGAACAAACAGCCUCCGCUGAUAUUCCCUUGACAUGUUUAGAGGAAAGCCUUCUUAGUUUUGAAAAACUUGAUCGGGCAUCACCAGAGUUAUGGCCUGAACAAAUUCCUGGUGUGUCGGAAUUUGCACCACUUCAAAGCCCUAGUCAAUCGCCACCAUCGUGGAACAGCGGCCUGACGAAAGAUGAUAUGAACUUUAUACAGCAAUUAGGAUCACUAUCAACCAUUGGCCUUAUAAUGGAGGUAAAGAAAUUGCAUGAUGUAGCUUAUCAACUUGGAUUGGAAGAGGCGAAAGAGAUGACCAGAGGGAAGUAUUUAAAUAUAUUUUCAAGGAAAAACCGGCCAUGA